AGGGAAGUGGCCUGCUGUUGCCGAGGGGACGGGCCCGGCAGAUGCCAACAUGGCAGCGGUUGGGUCUGGUGGUUCCUCGGCGGCGACUGGUCCCGGGGCGGUAUCCACUGGGACCUUGGAACCCGGGACCGCCAGUGCGGCUCACCGGCGCCUCAAAUACAUCUCCCUAGCUGUGCUGGUGGUGCAGAAUGCCUCCCUCAUCCUCAGCAUCCGAUACGCCCGCACGCUGCCUGGAGACACCUUCUUUGCCACCACUGCUGUGGUCAUGGCCGAAGUGCUCAAAGGUCUAACCUGCCUGCUGCUGCUCUUUGCACAGAAGAGGGGUAAUGUGAAGCAUCUGGUUCUCUUCCUCCACGAGGCUGUCCUGGUGCAGUAUGUGGACACCCUCAAGCUUGCAGUGCCCUCUCUCAUCUACACCUUGCAGAAUAACCUCCAGUAUGUGGCCAUCUCCAAUCUGCCAGCUGCCACUUUCCAGGUUACGUACCAGCUGAAGAUCCUGACCACUGCGCUGUUCUCUGUGCUCAUGCUGAACCGCGGCCUUUCCCGCUUGCAGUGGGCCUCCCUGCUGCUGCUAUUCACCGGUGUCGCCAUUGUGCAGGCUCAGCAGGCCGGGGGUGGGGGCCCACGGCCCCUGGACCAGAACCCUGGGGUGGGCCUCGCAGCCGUCGUGGCCUCCUGCCUCUCGUCCGGCUUCGCGGGCGUCUACUUCGAGAAGAUCCUCAAGGGCAGCUCAGGUUCUGUGUGGCUGCGCAACCUGCAGCUAGGCCUCUUCGGCACUGCCCUGGGCCUGGUGGGGCUCUGGUGGGUCGAGGGGGCAGCUGUGGCCCGCCACGGCUUCUUCUUUGGUUACACACCUGCUGUCUGGGGUGUGGUGUUCAACCAGGCCUUUGGUGGCCUGCUGGUAGCUGUUGUGGUCAAGUACGCUGACAACAUCCUCAAGGGCUUCGCCACCUCCCUGUCCAUUGUGCUGUCCACCGUUGCCUCCGUCCGCCUCUUUGGCUUCCACGUGGACCCACUGUUUGCCCUGGGUGCCGGGCUUGUCAUCGGGGCCGUCUACCUCUACAGCCUUCCCCGAGGUGCAGCCAAAGCCAUAGCUUCCGCUUCCGCCUCCGUCUCGGCCAGCGCCGGGCCCUGCACUCACCAGCAGCCUCCAGGGCAGCCACCGCCACCGCCAACUUCCUACCGCGGAGACCUCAGCAUGGAGCCCCUCCUGCCCAAGUUGCUCACCAAGGUGAAGGGUUCGUAGCUGCUGGGAUCGACGACACUGGCCUCCGUUCUCCCUUCUGGCCCAGGCCCAGCCAUGACCCAACUCUGAUCAGUAUUAGGGGUGGGAGAAGGUAGUCACUGCCCCACUCACCCCACCCAACCCCGAUUCCCUCCCCAAAGGGUUGACCUAUGACCAAACUUGGUCUGGGAAUGAAGGCAUGGAUAGGACUCACCUCAGCCUUCAGUUCCUGCUGUCCCCAUG